GGCGCCUCUUGCUAAACGCUGCCCUCCCUCUGUUGCUCCCCCCCCGCCUCGGUUCCCCAGCGUGCUCUCCUCACAGCACAAAGCACAUUGAGGCGUGCUCGUGGGUUUUCUGUCUAUCCUCUCUUCUCCUGAGGCGGUCCAGUCACUGCUCCACGGGAUGUAACCUGCAUCAGCGAAGCUCUCCUCCACUUUGGAGGGAAAGACAAAAAAGCUCACCUCUCUCAGAGUCUCAGAGAUCCGGCACAGAGAGAUCCCCCGCUAGGCUGAGCCUCUGCCUCCGUGCAUCUGACAGUGAGGAGGGCAGAGGGUGAGGGGGGGGGGGAGCAGCCAGGAGGAGAGAGAGAUGGAGUGAGAAGAGCAUCUAUCCACUGGUCCACACGGUAAUGAGGGUGGGUGGAGGAGAAGGGAUGCAGAGAGCGACAGCAGACCCCGCCUAUCGAUGCCAGACAGGAACGGGGAGGCAGCAUGGGAUGAGAAAACGCGGUGACCACAAAAGAAAACCGAAACUGCUUUGGGCACCGCGCUGUCCGACGGAAAUCGUUCUGUCUGCACUCAUCCCUUCAAGCGCGUGGACCGAGUGAACGGAAACUGAAACUCGUCUUUAGUCUCUGGGUAACUGUACCGGAGAUACGUGAUUUGAGGUUGUUGUACCUGCACCCAGCAGGAGAUGGCGCAGCAGAGCCACAAUAAGCCAGUUGGUGACGAAAGCUUGGAGGAAUGGGAGAAAAUUGGCUUUGGAGGAUUUGGGGAUGUCUACAAGGCCCGGCACAAGACCUGGCGCUUUGAUGUGGCCAUUAAGAUACUUCGUAGAGAUGUUUGCACCUCCCCGUCACUGUGGGACGAGGCUUCUGUUAUGAGUAGGACUUCCUGUCCCUCUGUGCUGCGACUUUAUGGAACCUAUAAGGGAUUUCUGCCCAUUGGUGGAGAAACCGUGCAACGGAGACCAGAAGGAGAAACCUCGCAAGAGGGACUAGUCAUGGAGUUCAUGGAAAGAGGAUCUGUUCAGUCCCUGUUUGAGGAGCUCUCUGGCCCUCCACCAUGGCCUCUGGUCUGCCGCUUGGCCAAUCAAGUGGCUCUAGGAAUAAACUGCCUCCAUCAAUUGAACCUCAUGCAUCACGAUCUAAAGCCAAGUAAUGUACUGCUGGAUGCUGACCUUAACGCCAAGCUAGCAGACUUUGGUCUGUCCAGAGUGUCCACCAGUUGUAUGGUCCCCAAAAGAGAAACCGGCCGCCCCUAUGGUUCAUACAAGUACAUGCCUCCUGAGGCUUUUAACCUAUCAUAUCAACCUGUCCGUUCUUUUGACAUAUACAGCUACGGUAUCCUGCUCUGGUCCAUCAUCAGUGGCAAAGAGCCUUAUCCAAGCAAUAAUUCCGAGCUUGUGGAAAACGGGGUCACUAGAGGGGACAGACCUUGCUUGAAGGAAUUUGUCGAGAAGAAGGAAGGAGGAUUGAACGAGCUGGUGGCUCUCAUGAGGCAGUGCUGGCAUCACGAUCCCUCCAAGAGGCCCCUCAUUGAAAAUGUCCAUAAAACCACUGAGGCGGUGUUUUCAAAGCAGAAGAACGGAAUUCAUGAUGCAGUCGGUCAAGUCUUGAGAGUACCGAAGGCACCAAUUGGUAAUCAACCAUGCGAACGGACCAUGCCAAAUGAUACUGUCGAUUACAGGUCUCCAAUACAGAAAGCACCAAUUAGUAAUCAACCAUGCGAACGGACCAUGCCAAAUGAUACUGUCGAUUACAGGUCUCCAAUACAGAUCCAGGAUCCAAUCAGAGUUUCUCCUCGAGAAAUGAGUUGGGCAGAAAAAGGAAAGUUUGUUGAUGACAACAGGUCGGAGCUGAUUGGAAAGGUUACCAGUGUAAUGGAAAUAACGGAUCGGCUUGGAGAAAUGGUCCACAAUGACGCCCGCCAAACGAUGAAAAUAUUAUCAAUUCCGAACAGCAUGAGAGAGCUUUAUAAGUCAUUACAUUCAGGAGGAGACGAGGUCAAAGCAGCCUUCUACGACGCCCUCAAAGAGCUUCAUCCCGAACUAGUGGAGCAGCUCGGCGGCUAAUUCUCAAGAAACAGACCGUUUCUACAGGUGUCAAGACUUUCCUCGCCCCUCAUUCUACACUUGAGACAAUAUGUAUGUCAAUAAUUUGCUUAACGUUAUAUAUUAUUGUUUUUUCUACACUUGAUGACGCUGAUGAUGUUGAUAAUGAUGAUGGUGAAGCUAGUGUAGUGUACAUAAUUAUAGGAGAAAUGUUUAAUGUCAAAGAUAAUAGGAGCUGGGAUGACCAACAGGCAAUCUAUGAGUUUGGCAGAUCAGCCUUCCCGGAUCAUAGCGGAACUUAUAUAACUUAUAUAAGUUAUAUAAGAGUGCUGCAGCUUUCCUGAUGUUUAAUUCAAGAUGAAAUCAUAGCUAAAAGCAACCCAACAAAGAGGAAUAAAUGCAACAGUUUAUGUCUCUUGAUGUUGUCAAGUCUUAUUGUCUUUGUCCUUUUUUCUUAACAGAUAUUUUAUUUUCUGUUUCCUGUACUUUUGCAUAGUCAGAUACAGCCAAGAAGCUACUGUAUAUAUACUGUCCCAACUAACCAAACAAAUAAAGACAUUUAACU